GCACCAACAUGUGGCGGUCUCUCUCUCUUCCCUCCAUCCCUUUGAAAAACAACAAAAAGCAAACUACUUUUGCUUCCUUCCGAGCAGUUUUUCAGAUCCUUUAUACACACAAACAUGGCAAAAGACCCUUCUGCAUCAAUCAUCAACAACUCUUCCCAACACCAAAAUCAAAACCAGGGUAAAGGUGAAGUGAAGCAAUUGGAACUGGAAAACGAGGAGGUUGAGACCCCGUUGCAUCUCAGUGUUACUUCCAGGGCUUUGUAUAUGUUGGGUGAUAUCACAGCAGGGCCUGCUUUAAUGUUCACUCAAUGGCUUCAUUUAGUCCGUAAACGGACUUCGAACUAUCGCCCCUCCGGCUUCCCUCACCGUCUUUCCACCAUGCCUUCUUGUGUGGUAGAAUCUGCUGAGGAUGCAGAAAUUGACCAGCCUCCUGAGCAAACGGAAAUAAGCUUGUGGGAGAGACUUGGUAAGGCUGAAAUGUUGGACAUUGAAUCGAGCUCCUUUUCUUGGGAUAGGCUCUCUUCACUUCACCAUACUGAGCACACUUGCGGCAGUGAACAUUCUGAGGAUGAAAUGAACAGAGCUCUUGAGGUAACGGUAAAUUCUGGAGGGGUUGUCUUCUUUGCCUUUUUCAAUGUUCUUGGGACUGGGAGUGAUGAUGCUUUUCCAAAAGAAGCAGCAGCUGUUAUAAAGAUAUCACCAUCAAGAAUGGCAACACAGUCUGAACGCCUUGGUUAUGAAUUUGCCAAGUGGUUGGGAGUCCAAACUCCACAGGCUAGAGUUAUUCACAAUACCAGUUCAGAAUGGCUCCAAAUAAAGAAAGCUGCAGAAAAAGCCAGAGAUACAGCAAGUUGUGAGGGUGCUGAAAUUGGUGAAAUGUCAUGUUCAGAACUUUUGGAAGCACUGGAUCUUAGUCGAUGUCUCUUGUUUAUGAGUUAUGUGCAUGGUUCACCUUUGCUUGAAAGCUCUAGCGCAUUUGAAACCCAGGAUUCUGCAGAAAGAAUAUCAGCAGCUCUUGGCAGGGUAAUGAUGCUGGAUCUUGUCAUCAGAAAUGAAGAUAGGCUCCCUUGCCGUCAACUUAGGUGGCGUGGGAACUCUGCUAAUUUGUUAUUGGCUGAAAAGAUGAUCUCUCCGAAGACAGAUACACUAGGAGAAGCUUUUAAUUCUGCAAACAAGCAAUAUGGACCUAGGGUGAUUAGGGAACUUAAGAAAGAAAGAAGGUCAACUUCAGUAGAUGGAAGACUGAGUUCUCAUAAUCUUGGAAGGGUACUAUCACAAGGUUCUUAUCAUUCAGAGACAAUAGAAUCAUCAACAUCGACGGACAUGAGCCUUAAUAGUCAAACAUCAGGAGAAUCAUCGUUUACUGACUUCAACAUUGUUGCUAUUGACUCGGUCGUUCCUCGCCGACCCCCAGCUGGAAUACGUGUAAAUGAUCAAGUUAAUUAUCCUAAGUUGGUUGAGUUGCUACUAAAUAGCUCUGAAUUUUCCUCUAACCUGUUACAUGAUAUAACUGGUGGGAGAUUAGGAUGUUCUCCCCCAGAAGAGUUGAAUACAACAGCUGAUGUUCAAGCAAGUGAUGUAAUAUCAGUAGUUCAUGAGUUCCGUAGUGGUUUUCGUGCUGCACUAAGGGAUCUGCAGGGAUUCCAUAUAUUCCUACUCACACUUCACCAAAAACUUGAUAACUUGUUAAGAUCAUUUAAUAAUAUUAUGAGCAAAAUAUCACUGGGGGAGUCUGAUAAAGAGGAUUCACCAGUUCCUGACUCACCUUCACCGACUUCUGCUUAUGGUUGUCACUCUCCAACAAGUAAAGAGAGGUUAUCUAAUGAUAGACAUCAAGACUUUAGUGAUUCAGAAUCACAGAGAACUGCUCCAAGGGCAUCAUCAUCUUCAGGCAAUAGAGAUUGCUGUGACUCUGCAUCUUCUGUGUCAAGAGAAGGUUGGCAUGGAAAGUUCUCUAAAGGAAGUGGGGAGCCACUUCAUGGUCACCGCUUUACAGCUAAGCUCCGUGACUUCCAUAAAAUUGCUAAGGUUGAUGCUGAAUCUUCUAAAGAAUUGGAACAAUGGAACGAAAUGCUUAAAAAUGAUGCUAUCAAAUUAUGCCAGGAGAACAAUUUCAAUACAGGAUUUUUUGAGGGUAGUGAUAACAACACUGUUUCUGAUGCAUGUGAACUGAAGGUCAGACUUGAGCAUAUCCUUGAGAGGAUUGCAUUGAUAUCUGAGGCUGCAAAUACAGAAAGGCCAUCUGCUGUUACAAAUAGUCUUUUUAUUGGUGGAGCACUAGCUGCAAGAUCUGUAUACACACUGCAACACUUGGGAAUCACCCAUAUUUUGUGUCUGUGUACUAAUGAAAUUGGACAGUCAGAUUCUCAGUUUCCCGAUCUAUUCACAUACAAAAAUUUCUUCAUCUAUGACAAUGUGGAUUCCAACAUCAGCAGCAUAUUUGACGAAGCUUGUGAUUUUAUAGAUUAUGUUGAGCAAAUAGGUCAGAGAGUUUUAGUCCAUUGCUUUGAGGGGAAAAGCAGAAGUGUCACUUUGGUCCUAGCUCACCAGAUGCUCAGGAAGAAUUUCACCUUAUUAGAAGCAUGGAAUGCUUUGAAACGAGUUCACCGUCGAGCACAGCCUAAUGAUGGUUUCGCAAAGGUAUUACUGGAACUCGAUCAGAAACUGCACGGGAAGGUUUCAAUGGAGUGGCAGCAGCGGAAACCAAUGAUGAGGAUUUGCCCCAUAUGUGGCAAGAAUGCUGGAAUAAGCAGCAGCUCACUUACGCUCCAUCUUCAGAAAUCACAUAAAAGGCUAUCAUCAGGGAGUGUAGACAGUGCCAUGACAAUGGAGAUCCAAAAGGCAUUAUCAGCUUUGAAGAUAAGCCGUGGUGGGAGUGUCAAUCCCUUUCAAAAGCAGUCUCAUGCAAUGGUAGAUGAAUAGAUUUUACUCUUGGGGGAAAUAUAAUGAAGAUUUUCAGGUGAGAAAUUGAGUGGGUUGAAGUUUUAGCAUCUGCAGCUUAACCUUAGUUUUUCUUCUAGAAAGUGUAUGCAGAAUAGGAGUAUAGAUUCCCCAUUACAUUGUUGUACAUUAGUCUUGCAAAAUAUACUCAUUUGGAGGGUUGUAGGGUGUGAAAGUUUUUCAUAAUUAAGUUUUUUAUGUGCCCGGAAAUGGGUUGUUUAAGUAAUGAUUAUCAAUAAAAUCCACAUCUGCUUUUAAAAUUUAA